AUGUCUGACAUAGAAAAGUCUCGAUUCUUUCAUGGCAGCUCAGAUUCGGAAAGUGAAGGAUCUCUAGCGUCAGAUUCAGAUCUUUCCGAUGACGAAGAACUUUCAGAAGAUUCAGAUGAACUUGAAGAAGAUAAAAAUAAAUCCACUAAACCUACAGAAUCUCGUUUCAAAAAAGGGGCUGCUUCUGCAUCUGAUUCUGAAGAAUCAUCGGGGGAUGAGAAACGAGUUGUAAAAUCGCAUAAAGAUAAGCGUCUUGAAGAAUUAGAGUCGACAAUAAAGACUUUGGAGAAUGCCCAAAAAAUUAAUGAUUGGGUUGUCAUUUCUAAUGAAUUUGAUAAACUCAAUAAAGUCAUAUCGAAAAUGCCUCCGCAAAAUGAAAUUCCACGUCUUUAUAUUAAAGCUAUUGCUGAGCUUGAAGAUUUCCUAAAUGAAUCUAUGAAAAAAGAUGCGAAGAAAAAGAUGAAUCCAUCGAAUGCGAAAGCUCUAGUCGCGAUGAAACAAAAGUUAAAAAAGAAUAAUAAAAUUCAUGAAGAAGAUAUAGAAAAAUGGCGAAAAAAUCCAGUUUCCGUAGAAAAUGAUGAGGAAGAUGUUAUAAUCGAACGGGAAAUUGUACCAACUAUCGAUGUAGAGAUAACAGACGAAUCAUUUACACCAGUUGGAAAAGGUGGCAAACCCGUUGAAUACACAGCAGAGAAUUUAUUUAAAAAAUUAAAAGAGGUCUUAGAAGCAAGAGGCAAAAAGAAUACUGAUCGUCUGGAUCAAAUCAGAGUUUUACAUGCUUUAUUGUUAGUUGCAAAUACACCAUAUCAACAAAUUCGUGUAUUGCUCGCUUUAAUUCCAGCUCAAUUUGACUAUAAUCAAAGUAUGAGUGGUUACAUGGGCGCCGAAAUGUGGAAAAACACCCAGAAAGAAAUUAAUCAACUUUUAGCGAUUCUUGAGAAUAACAAGCAAUUUAUUAUCCAUGAAGAUGUUGAAGAUGAACAAGAGGAAAAGGAGCCAACAAUUGAAUCUGAUCAAAUUUAUGGGAUUCGUGGUUCGAUCGUUUCUUUUAUAGAUCGUCUGGAUGAUGAAUUCACGAAAUCGCUUCAAAAUAUUGAUCCGCAUACAACCGAUUAUGUGGAUAGAUUGAAAGAUGAAACUGAAUUAUAUGCGACGAUUGUGCGUGGUCAAAUCUAUUUCGAGAAAAAUGAAUUGAACGACAGUACAAGUCGGGUUAUUAUGAGAAGAUUGGAGCAUUUAUAUUACAAGCCGGAUCAAGUUAUACAAACAGUAGAAAAUACAGUCAAACAAUUGCUUCCAUCCGAUUUAAGUUCAGAAAUUACGCCUCCAACUGUAACUCAAGACUCCUCAGACCUAAUACACGCACUCUGUGUAUAUCUGUACAAAAAAGGCGCGUCACUUUUACGUACACGUGCAAUGCUAUGUCAUAUUUAUCAUCAUGCUUUACACAAUCGCUUUUACGUGGCAAGAGAUAUGUUGCUAAUGUCACAUUUACAAGAGACAAUUCAUCAAGCGGAUGUUGCAACUCAAAUUCUGCACAACCGAACUAUGGUACAAGUUGGUCUUUGCGCAUUCCGUGAGGGGAUGAUCAAAGAAGCUCAGAGCUGCUUGCAGGAGAUAUGCGGAACUGGUCGAACGAAAGAAUUGUUGGCUCAGGGCUUACAAUUGCAACGAUAUGCUCAACUUCCACCCGAACAAGAGAAAUUAGAUCGACAGCGUCAAUUACCAUUCCAUAUGCAUAUUAAUCUGGAAUUGUUGGAAUGCGCAUAUCUGACUUGUUCGAUGCUAUUGGAAAUACCCAGUAUGGCUGCUGCUGGUUCUAAUCCAGAAGCUCGGAAAAAAGUCAUUAGUAAACCAUUUAGGAGAAUGUUGGAUUACAAUGAGAGACAAAUAUUUAGCGGUCCACCUGAAAAUACAAGAGAUCAUAUAAUGGGAGCUGCAAAAGCGCUGGCUGGCGGCGAAUGGCAAAGGUGUCAAGAAUUAAUAGGAGCGAUAAAAAUAUGGGACCUAAUGCCGGAAACUCAGAAAAUCAAAGAGAUGCUGAAUCGCAAGAUCCAAGAGGAAGGCCUUCGUACUUACUUAUUCACGUAUUCAGCAUAUUAUACAACUCUCGGACUCGAACAACUUGGAACAAUGUUUGGUCUACCAAUCAACGCGGUCACUUCGAUCAUCUCUAAAAUGAUAUGGAAUGAAGAAUUAGCGGCGUCUUUGGAUCAAGUGAACAAUGCUGUUGUGUUACACCGUGUCGAGCCCACCAAAGUACAACAAUUGGCGUUGAUGUUUGCCGAAAAGGCUGUGACUUUUGUUGAAAAUAAUGAACGCCAAUUUAACCAACAACAUCAAAACACCGAAAAACGCACUACAUAUCAAAAAGGUAGUGGUGGUAGCGGACGAGGAAGAAAUAAUUUUAAUAAUGUAUUGGGAAAUAGUGUGCGUGGUAGAGCGCAACAGAAUCGAUAUCGAUCAUUAUACCGAUUUUUCCUUAAAUUUGAGACAAUUGAUGAUGAAGCAUCAGUUAAAAGACAAUGGUCGCGUCGUCAGUAUGCUGUACGUAAUGCCUUCAAGCAUGCUUGGAAUGGAUACGUGCGUGAUGCGUGGGGUUACGACGAGUAUCAUCCGAUUUCACGAAGCGGUUCAAAUUUAACGGAUCUUGGCGGCAUUGGAUAUACUAUAAUUGAUUCAUUGGAUACGAUGAUUAUUAUGAAUUUGUACGAAGAAUAUAUACAAGCAAGAGAUUGGGUCGCUAAUAAGCUUGAUUUUAAUAUAGAUGCUGAGGUAUCACUUUUUGAAACCACUAUACGCGUAUUAGGUGGUUUGCUGAGUGCGUAUCAUUUAUCGGGUAAUGAUACCUUGUAUUUGACAAAAGCUAAAGAUCUUGGUGACAGAUUACUUGGUGCUUUCGAAUCCCCGACACAUGUUCCUUUCGCAUCUGUAAAUCUUGCAACCCAACAGGGAAUAGCUGCACACUUUGCUCAAGGGGCUAGUUCAGUCUCGGAAGCUACAACUUUACAAUUAGAGUUUAAAUAUUUAAGCUAUUUAACAGGCGAUGAUAAAUAUUGGCGUCAUGCGGAAAGCGUAAUGUUUCAUAUAGACGAUUUGGAUAAAUUGGAUGGUCUCGUGCCUAUAUAUAUAAGUCCAUCUACCGGUAAUUUCCAGGGACAGAAGAUUACAUUGGGUGCUCGCGGAGAUAGCUAUUAUGAAUAUCUUCUGAAGCAAUAUUUGCAAACUGAUCGUACUGAGCCAUUCUAUCAUCGCAUGUACACUCAAGCCAUGCGAGGAAUGAAAAAUCGACUCAUAGCUCGUUCGUUUCCAAACAAAUUACUAUACGUUGGUGAACUUGCAUACUAUGAUAGCCGCGGUGUGAAGGUCGAGGAUUACACGAAAUUAAACGGCGAAGCGCAAGAAAAUUUAUUAAUCGCAAAGAUGUUGACAGAAACGUGUGUACUAAUGUAUUUCAAAACGGCUACUGGCUUAGCACCGGAAAUAACAUUUUUUGAAACCGACGAAAAUGGAGUUGAUGAUAUGAUCAUUAAACAUAGAGAUGCGCAUAAUUUAUUAAGACCAGAAACUGUCGAAAGUCUCUUUGUGCUUUGGCGUAUCACUGGUGAUAAUAGAUAUAGAGAAUGGGGAUGGCGGAUUUUCAAAGCAUUCGAAAAAUACGCAAAAGUUGAUGGGGGAGGAUACAGCGCGCUUAUUGAUGUAACUUCGAUACCUCCAGGUAGACUUGAUAAAAUGGAAACGUUCUGGCUGGCUGAAACUUUAAAAUAUCUUUAUCUUCUCUUUGAAGAUCCCGAUUCGCAAUCUUUACCACUCGAUAAAUACGUAUUUAAUACUGAAGCGCAUCCUCUUCCCAUUUUUAGACCCUCCCCAAAAAUUCGUGGAAAUGGGUGGAACCGUAUUUAG